UGGAUAAGCAAGGGAUUUUAGCUAGCGGUUAUAUAACAUCAUAGUACGUACCAUCAACCACACAUACUGCAGUCGUUGUUCCUCUAGACAUCUCCUGCUUUAACUCUGUCUCAUGACUCCUCUUGCAUGUUCUCCUCCACUUCUACACACCAUUAAAUUUGACAUCUAAUUUCAAUUAAUCACCACCCUCUGUAUUUCUUUUCCCUCUUCAAUUCCUUCCUAUCUCCUUAAGUUCGCUCAAUAUAUAUAACUACCCUCGCACACCCUCCCAAAGCGAAUAACAUCACCUCACUUUGUUUUAGGUUGUGAAGAGAGAUGAGCAAAAGAGCAAGGAGUCCAAGGUUGGAGCUGAGGCUGAACUUGUCCCCACCAAGGGCAGGAACCUCGGUGUCUUCUUUCGAUAUGUCAGAAGAGGAGUCAUCGUCGUCGGUUUCUGUUCAGUCGUUGGAGAGCUCGUGUGUGUCUUCUGAGGCUGAGGAGACAAGGGCCAUGCUUCUUGUGGGUUGUCCUCGGUGCCUCAUGUAUGUUAUGUUAUCCGAGGUUGACCCCAAGUGUCCCAAGUGCAAGAGUACUGUCUUGCUUGACUUCCUCAGCAAUGAGGAAAACACCAAGAAGAGUAGCAGCGAGUGAGAUGUGCAUACUCUCUAGAGAAAUUAUUAGGUAGUUCUAAACUACAUGUUCAUAACUAAUCUCUACUUAUAUAUCAUAUAGAGAUUAGUCAGAACUGUGGAUACUUUUUAGUCCGUAAUUUCUCCGUUCCGUGACCACCAAGAGUAGCCAUUCCAACUUGCUAGUUCCCUAAAAGGUUGUUUAUUAUUGUUGGAUUUUCCUUCGCUAGUUAAUUAGAGUAGCUAGAAUUGGCAUUUUCCUCUUCAGUUUUCUCGUGAAAUUUGGCUGUGUUGCUUACGCCACGUGUGUGUACAAGACAAAUUAAGGGGAGACAGUUUCAGUUUAAGUUUUUAUGCAUGGAGGAUUUUUCUUCAA